CUUACCCACCCCCACCCCACCCCUCAGUUUUAUGUAUCCUGUUAGCCCGCGCUCCGGACGCGCUCCGGACGCGCCAGCGCCUGGAGUGUAUGUAAGAUCCUCCGCGCUUAGACGCCUCCUCGUUUACAGUACUCUAUGCAUAGAGUACUAGCCACCCGCUCGAAACCCCCUCCCCCAGCAGCCUUGUGUGGCUGAAACGCUGCUCUUCCACGGGGCCGCGCUUACCGGUGGAUGGCUGAUGGCUGACCGUGCUGCUACUCUGCUGCUACUCUGGAAUAGCACAUGCUGCUUUGUCGUGCUGUUUGUUGACACCUCGUGUUUCCGUUUUUCGUUGCUGUCGCCGUUGCCGUGGUUCCGGCCGGACUGCAGGAAGGGGAAGGGGAAGCGGGCGCUGAGCAGAGUAACAGAGUCUUACUCAACCUACCUACUCAACCUACCUACUCAACCUACCUACUCAACCUACCUACUCUGCAUCUGGCGCGCCACAAGAUGUGUAGAAAUGUAGAACGCCACCCGACACCCGACCCAACGCCCGACACCUCUCCGCUCGCUCGGGAAUGAGAACGCGCCGAGAGAACGUUAGCUACGGUCGAUGUUCGGUUGUAGAAUGGAAACACUGGGGGAUGAGAGGGAUGGGAAUCGGGGGAGGGUUUAUCGUAAAUUUUUUGAAGGAGGGGGAGGGGAGAAGGGGAAGAGGAGGAAGAAGAGGAAGAGGAAGAAGAAGCGAUGCAUAGAUACUGACUUCUCUCGCUCUCUCUGUCUCGAGUAGGUAGGU